CAUAUUUGUCCUUCCCAGAUCAGUACUGCUGCUUCUGAAGAACCCCACCUUCAUCUUCCUCUGCUUAGCGGGAGCGACCGAAGCCACCCUCAUUGCUGGGAUGUCCACAUUUGGACCCAAGUUCCUGGAGUCUCAGUUUAGUUUAAGUGCCUCUGAAGCUGCUACCUUUUUUGGUUAUCUGGUCGUGCCAGCCGGAGGGGGAGGCACAUUCCUGGGAGGAUUCCUUGUGAAUAAAUUUAAACUCCGCUGUUCAGGAAUCAUCAAAUUGUGUUUACUUUGCACAGUGUCGAGUCUGCUGGCUAUAUUCAUUUUUUUUAUUCACUGCCCUAACAUGCCGAUGGCAGGAGUAACCCAGAUGUACGAGGGAAGUGCUUUGCCUGGUGGCCACCUAAACCUGACAGCAGCCUGCAAUGCCGAGUGUGGCUGUCUACAGGAGACCUACAGCCCUGUCUGCGGGAGCGAUGGCAUUAUGUAUUACUCUCCCUGCCACGCCGGGUGCAAAAAAGUGUCCGAAAACCUCAGGAAUGGCAAGAAGGUCUAUCAUGAGUGUAGCUGCGUUGAGAAAACCCUCCUCCCUGGCCCUGGCAACGCCGAGGCAGGGAAAUGCACCUCUUCUUGUGCAAAAAGGCCCCUGCUCCUGUUCUUCAUGUUCGUGGUGAUCCUCUUCACCUUCCUCAUCAGCAUUCAUGCCCUCACCUCCACUCUGCGGUGUGUCUCUGACAGGCAAAGGUCAUUCGCACUCGGGAUCCAGUGGAUUGUAGUACGAACGCUUGGAGGCAUCCCUGGCCCCAUCGCCUUUGGGUCCAUGAUCGAUAAAUCCUGCCUGCUCUGGCAGGACCAGUGCGGCGAGCAAGGUUCUUGCUACAUUUACCAGAACUCGGCCAUGAGCCGAUACACCCUCAUCGCUGGACUGGUCUACAAGGUGCUUGGGACAACCUUCUUUAUAGUCGCCUGUUUACUCUACAAACCGCCGCCACCAGAGUCGGCUCCGGGCAGCUCGGAUGCAUCUGGAAAUGGCAACUCUGACCUCCAGGAACACAAACCUUCGCUGCCAGCUGAAGAGGAUAUAUAGCGCUGUACACGUGCAAGUGACUUUCUCAGUCUCAAAAAUAUGAUGAGAAGAUGUUAUGCAGUCCCUAGGGGGUUUUAAAUUAAUAGUAGUAUCACUUUUUUUAGUUGAAGAUAAAUAAUUUAAUUAACCACAGGCGUGCUUGCUAUUUUCUUAACAGCAGAAGCACAUUGAAAAUUGUGCGCUGAUGCCAUAUGCAGUUAUUUAAUUUUAUUUAAAGAAAGGGCUACCGUAACUUUUUUCUAUGUCUGUGACAAGCAAGGACCGCAUUCUCCACUCGUGGAAAUAAGCACCGGUAACUCCAAUGGAGCACGUGGGGUUUAAA